AAUAUUACUAUAGACUUCGUAGUUAACCUACCUCCGAGUAAGAGCUAUAUAGAUUUAGCGACAUACUAUAAUAUUAUAACUAUUACGGACCGAAUAACUAAGGAACGCUAUCUAAUCCCCGUCCUAUUAAUAGAAGUAGACUACUACGCUCGUAUAUUUCUUCGCUACGUAUAG